AUGGUGACGACUUCUGGGAAGCAGCAGCUACUCACUGCCCGCUUCUUGAAAGAGAGCAACGUGCCUGUUAUGUGCACGGGAGAUGAAGUCUUCGAGUACAUGCGUCGUGUGAUAGCGGAGAGUCGGUGUACUGGUAAGUCGCUCGAGCUUGAUCUUCGCAUCGGUGGCCUCCAGAAUGGCCACCCAAGGCUUUACUCUGUCGCAGUGGAGCUGUUACGUCGCCUAGCGGCUAUAAGCGAGUCGGAAUAUGGGGCAGCAUCAAGGCGUCAAAAGUAUGAAGUGUACCUCGUAAAUCCAUAUCGCAAUCGAGCGAACAGGCAGUGGAGCUCGACGUACAUGCGUCAUGAGCUAAGACCUUUGAUGGAGCGUGUGAAAGAUGCAUCCAUCACUUCAUAUGGCUUCGCCAAGUUCGACGUGCUUAUUCUCAGCUGGAGUUCGGAGCACUUCAACGACGAUAUGUUCUCGUACACGGUCGAUGAAGGCGACCCCUAUGAUGACCCCCACAACGACUUCCCUCUGUGUCGCGCCAAUCUUCUCAUUGUGCUGUUCGACAAUGUUGCUGGGACUAUGCUAGAGGCUGACGAGCUCGAAGUUAUCGUGCGGGAGCAAGUUUGCAUUCCUGGCAUGGAGCUGUGUAUCAUCGGUAACCUACUGCGCGUUCGCCAGCACGCAUCCAGCGCGCCACAACAUAAUUUGAUCUGGACAGAAGACAUGGGGAGCUGGACGAAGGUCGACCACAAACGCGGUCUCACCAAGAAAGCGAACGAUCGCCCUGACAUGACGCAGGAAGAGAUGGCAGCCUGGGCCAAAGUCACUGCGGUCACGCAAAGGCAUCGGCUACGCUCAAGACAACUUCCUGGAGAAGCGGCAUCUGCUGACCCUGUAUCUGUUGCUCUCGGGUGCCAGCAGCUGCAAUACAUUAUCGAUCUCUACGAGCCUAUAAAUAUCUACAACAUGGACGAAAUAAGGCUCUGCUACGCAAUGACGCCCGCUCGCUCCACCUGUACUAAAUCGGCGCGAGACCAGUUGCAAGCGAUGCAACGGAGUAAGAAUAUUUGGCAAGAAUUACAAGAGGACAUUUUAAUCCGCGCUGGCGAGAAAUGGUCGGGCUCCGGAGGUCAGACAAAAAAAUAA